UUGCGUGCAUGUGUUAAAACUGAGCCUUUACUGUUACUGCUGCCUCUUUUGUGAAAGAGUUGUCAGAGUUGACCAAAGAUCACUGCAGGCGUUCCUGAAGGACUCGACUUGAGAAUCGCAGCGGAUUUCAUUGAUUUGGAUUAAAAUUUCUUCUGGUCUUGGAAAUACAGUCUGCUAACACGUUUUAAUGCAGCUGCACGGAUGGUGGACGUCUGUGGCGCCUGUGAGUCAGGAUAGAUCUCGACUCCCAGCGAUCUGCAAUUUUCCACUUUAAUGGUAUUGGAAAUCAGAUUUGGCACACACCAAGACGACCCGCUAAUGGCACACGUUCUCUUGUUACCCCUCAAAGCAUAAACGUGCCCUACUUCCUCAAUCUCUGCUCUUUCCUUUUGUUUCUGCGGAUGAUAUCAUGGACCUCUGUGGUCUGAGUGUAUUAUCGAUGGGCGGCAGCGCUCUGGAUCUGAAAUCUGUGAGGUCACGGUGUCAUUUCGAGAGGAAUGUGAAGCCAUUUUAAUGUGCCUGAUUACAGCCACCACUGGAGAGCCUUGACUCAACAUGCAGGAGCAGCCCAGGCAGGCCCAGCAGCAGCUAGGAUGCCUAUCACCCAAGAAAAUGCCCUGAGCCAUCUACCUCUGCUGGAGAACUGGCUCUGGGCACGAGAAAAGGACAGAGAUGAGGGCAAUGAGCCUAGGACUAGCGCAGGCGCUGUUUGCCAGGCUGCCAUCUGUAAGCUUGUGGAAUACAUCCAGCUAAACUUUGCUGAAGUUGAGAGUCCUUUGUACAGUAGCAGCCAAUUCAGAGAGGAAAUCGAUGCUGAGGUGAGGGCGGUCUACCUGAGCAAGUCUGAGGAAGAUGGACCGGAGUUCGGGCUCAGCUUUGGAAAUAUUCCGAUUUUUGGAGACCCCGAGGGGAAGAAGAAAGGGGUCAGGAGGAGGCGCAGGAAGGGCGAUAAAGGCCUUGUCUUGGACGUCGGGUGCAUUUGGGUGACUGAAGUGAGAAAGAAUAGCCCAGCAGCCCGUUGUGGAGAUAUUAAACUGCGAGAUGAGCUUCUGUCACUGAACGGACAGCUGAUGGUUGGGGUCGAUGUCACCGGAGCCAGUUACUUGGCAGACCAGUGCUGGAAUGGAGGCUGCAUCUACCUGAUCAUGCUGCGAAGAAUUAAACGCAAGGCUCCUCUCCCUCCAUGCAAUGGCAGUGGAGGCAAAUCUGUGGACGUCUCUAAUGAGCACCAGCGCAAUGUCUCCUCCGAGCCUGCAGGCAGCCCCACACAGAAUGGACAGAACGGCAAACGAACCCGUAAAUUUGGUGUCAUUUCCCGCUCCUCCUUCACUCGUGACAGCAAAGACAGUAAAGAUAGCCGGGACUUUGAGCAUGAGAAUGGCUACAGCUCCAUGGAGGCAGAGGUCACGUCCCCAGAGAGCAGCACCCCUCAGGACACACCGACCGAUUAUAGUCCAGUCAUUGGCUCCUCAGAGCUGAUAUCCAAUCACAUGAAAGUGGGGAACACAGCCACCCUACCUAGCCGAUUCCACUCACCCCUGUCUGAAAGCUACAAAACAGAGUCAAUAAACAGUGAACCUUCCAGCCAGCCCCGUGAGGGCAGCCGGAUCUGGAAGAUGCACGUGGUGAAGGGUCAGGAUGGACUGGGUAUCCAGAUCACGGGCGGUCGAGGGUCCAAGCGCUCUCCUCACGGUAUCAUCGUGGCCCACGUGGAGGAGGGAGGAGCUGCACAGAGAGAUGGCCGACUGAAGGCAGGUGACGAGUUACUGAUGAUAAGCGGUCACUCCUUGGUUGGACUCUCACACCAGGAGGCUGUAGCCAUCCUGCGCUCCACUGCUGGACUUGUGCAGCUGGUAGUGGCCAGCAGGGAUGAAUCCGAAGUGGACUUCCACAAGUACCCGUCCACCAGCUUGCCCGACCUAGUGAGCACAUGCUCUGGUCCGGACGCCUCUCCCUCCCCUGGAGAGGAGAAGGAGAACAUGGAGCCGGAUGUGGAGGACGUGAGGGCCAGCAGCCUUUCACUGCCCACCCAGGACUUGUUUACAGAUCUUGACAGACUGGAUGAACGUGGCAGGAUUGAGGGUCUCAAGGGAUGUUGCCGAAGCCCCACACCAAUGAAGUUCCGCAGCAGAUCCCAAGGUGGAGGAAGCCGUCUGGAGUCUGUUGGUGAAGACGAUGAGCUUAUCGUAGAAAAUGGUGAUACAGGAAGUAACGUUGCAGAAAAGCCAGCACGAGGAGGACGCAAACACUCCCUCCCUCAGCAGCUGGAUACAGUUGGGAUCCGACAGGUUGCUGCAGCAUUCAGCUCAUUCCUUUUCAUUUUUCCCUUAUUCGUUGGCCUCACGCACCAGCAGGCCAUUCAGACCUUCAAGCAACUGAAGAAGGGAGUAGUUACCCUAACAGUACGGACCCGUCUGAGAAGCCCAAGUCUUACACCCUGUCCCACGCCUACCCUGCUCAGCAGAUCCAGCUCUCCAAACUCAAAUGCCAGUGGUGGGACUCCAGUCCCUCCUAGCUUUGAAGAUGGGGACUCUCGUAAGGGGCCUGGUCCCAAAGAUCGAAUUAUCAUGGAGGUUACACUGAACAAAGAGCCAGGUGUGGGGCUGGGUAUCGGUGCCUGUUGUCUAACACUGGAAAACAGUACUCCUGGGAUCUACAUCCACAGCUUGGCGCCAGGAUCUGUUGCAAAAAUGGAUAGCAGGCUCAGUCGAGGAGACCAGCUCCUGGAGGUGGAUUCUGUGAGCCUGAGACACGCAGCGUUGAGUGAAGCCUAUGCUAUCCUGAGUGAAUGUGGACCCGGCCCAGUCAGCCUCAUCAUCAGCCGACAUCCAAACCCCAAAGUGUCUGAACAGGAGAUGGAUGAAGUGAUCAUUCGCUCCACUCACAGAGAUAGUCAUUCUUCCCAUACACUCGGCCUGCCAUCCAAGAGUCCAUCUCCCACUGUUAAAGCCAAGCAGGGUGAGGGUAAUCCUGCUCUCAGCUGGACCAUGAAGCGAUUCCUAGAGCCAGCCAGCAGGCAAGGCUCGUUGAGUUCAGAGGCAGAGCUCUCUCAGUAUUUCUCAGUUCACGAAGUACCCAGCCAGUCUUCCCUCUCUGAGACCAUGGCGAUGGGAUCCAGUGAUGACGACAUGCUGCACAGUAGCAGGAGCUGUAAUACGUCUAUGGAGGAAUCAGCAGCACCUCAGCCGCAUGUCUAUCGGGAUGGCUCCUAUAGAGGUUCAGACAGUAGUCCCACAACCCCAGAAUGUUGUAAAGCCUCUGGAGGGGCUGGUCACACUGCAGACAUGCCCCAACAGGCCAGCGUGGGAAGCAGCCCGAGUUCUGUACGUAGCCCACUUCUUCGUCAGCGUCGGGUCAUCUGCUAUGAGGAUGAGCCUAGUGACGACGAGACCGGCCUUGAAGAAGACAGUGGCCCCUUCCGUCGCCUUCUCCGCGAGGGCGACCAGCACCAAGAGGAAGACUCUGGUAUUGUAAUAGCCACGUCAUCUCUCGAGGUAGAUGAUGAAAGCCAGGAUAGCAGUGAGAGCCACAGGCAGAUUGACAGCGAGCCGGCCACUCCGCUCUACGGCAGCUCGCUCGAAUCUGAGGAAGGACCUAGUGGCCCGCCUGGUGCCGAAUCUCCCUUCAUGCCCAUUCGCUGUAUGGAGGCAGCUGGAGGAACAAACCUGGGCGUCAAAAAAGAGCCCCAUCGCGAAGGGCAGGAGGUCAAACGCUCACCCAAGCUGGAGCACAAAGCCGUGACUCGUGUCAAGAGCAUGAUGAGCAUCAAGUGCCCCAACCCUCCACAAAGGGCCAAGGGUGAAGAACCAACUUUACUCCCAGCAAACCCUGCCCAGGUUACACAAAACAGCACGCGGCCGCCCUGCAGGAUGCUGCACUGCAAGAAGGGGGAAUCCAGUGAGUUAGCAGGGGUCUGCACCAUUGAGACAAUAGUGCUCCAGCGUAGUGAGUCAGAGUCUUUUGGUUUGGAUCUGGAGAUUAAGUCCACUCCACUCAAAGUGCUGAUCACAGGGCUGAGACCAGGAGGUGUGGCGGAAAGGGAAGCCUCAGGGAAGAUGAGCGUGGGUGAUGAGAUUGUAACAAUUGGUGACACUCCUGUGUGUACAUCCACCUAUCAGGAGAUCUGUGACCUCAUGCACAACCUGCCAAUCACAUUGACCUUAGAGAUUAAGAAGCCAGUCUCAGCUGUAGAUCGACUUUCUAGCCUGAUUAUGUCCUCUGGCUGUGAGGGCUCAUCUAAAUUGGAGGCACCUAGACCUCCUCCAGAGGAAAGGAAUCAUGUGGAUAAAACUCUAGUUACAGCCCAAGAAAGCCUUUCAUCAGAAACAAAUGUAACCCAGGCAUUAACAAUCCACAGCAACAGCAUUCCCGUCACUAAUAUUGAUGAUGUCAUAACUGAACUGAACUCAGCAGAAAGCAAAGAAAAAGACCAAAGUGUCUUGGGUUCCACAGAUGCAAGUGCAAAAACAGAAGAGUGUAGUAAAGUAGACAACAGAGGGACUGCAGCGCAAUCACAACCUAACCUUCAGGAUUCCUCUGCCCUAGAUGUGGGGAACAGCACUUGCCAUUUUCCUGUAGGAAAGACAUUUUUAAAUAGUUAUUCAAGGAACUUUAGUAAUCUGGGAGAGGACAUUGUCCCUCUAGAGAAAGGAUAUGGAGAGAAACAAAGUAUGUACAGUCUGGUGGAAGAUAGUGACUCUGAGAGUGACUCUGCAGACAGUGCUGUCAAAGUAGGGUCGUCUCAAGGUCGCUGUGAGGGUCCUCAGGACACUGACUCAGAUGAGGAGGAGGUUGAGCUCUGUUUCAGCUCUGUCAGUCAGCCUGCAUUCAGCAAAUCAGAGGGCAGCUCUCUGACAGAUAGAAAAAGCAUUGCCAAUAGCCAAACUGUUGACAAGACACUUGCUAGUAUGGAUCUCCACAACCCGCCUUCACUCACAAUGCAAGAUAAGGAUUUGCAAGAGAACAGUCAUUCUGUCUCUGAGUUACCAGACCCACUUUGCCCUCAAGUUUCAGGUGAUGAUCUCUUAAAUGGGGAUAGUGGGCACACUCCCACACAACAUGAGGUAACUUGUGCAUCUCAGAGAACACCAUCAAACUGCGACACAAAAUGUGAAACUAUUUCAAAAUCUGUUGAAAUCUGCCAGACACCAACAGGUGUCACUUAUCCCACUGUUACUCAGAGCAACUGUCACGUCACCCCAAGAAGUCAAGAGAGGACAACUAAGUUGCUCUCAGAUGCAUCUCUGUCAGUAGAGAAGCUCAGCACUGGGCAAGUGCCACUGGGAUCGACUGUGUCAGAGCCCAAGGCAUUAAAUUAUACCAGUGGCAAAACUAGUGGGCAGGCCUCCUCUACAGUUGCUCCAAAAGACAAGGAGAGAGAGAAAGUUCUUCCUGUACUUGAAUUGAAAUCAUCACUCUCCCAAGCCCAGAGUAAAUCCACCUCUUAUUGUAUCAAAUCUUUGGGAACUAAUUCCCCUAAUGACACCCCUGUCUCACCCCUGUUGAGAAGUAGACUCAAAGUUGAUGAUAAAAAGUCAAAUACCUCUUCUAAACUCAAGGGUCUUAGUAUUAAGAGUAAAUCCAAAGACCAAGAAAAGUCUGUCUCUAGAUCGCCCAGGGUGGAAAGUCCAGGACAGAAAAAAGCUCUCAGCUCCCCAAGUCAGUCUCCUAAACUUCUCUCCAAGAGAACCACAACAACUGGUAGCCCUAAAUCCACCAGAACGUCUGAGAAGAUCAGGGUUACUUCUUGUAAAACUGACCAAAGUCAACCAACUGUGUCCAGUGCUUUAAAAACAAAUUCCAUCAACACCACCAAAGAAGAACUCAAGCCUUCCAAGAAGGAGCAAGUCUCGGAUCUAAUGGAGCAAGUCUCAAAAUCAGAGGUCACUGUCAUCAACACUCAAAGAACUUUCAUUGAGGUACGACUUUCAUCCUCUUCGUCUACACCUGUGCUGACACGCAAAGAAGUUGUGAAUGCAGGUCAUUUAAACUUGGCCUCAGUGUCGGUUGAUCAAGUCGAGUGGGAGGAAUCAAAUUCAGACUCCUCUCAUAGAAGACACACAAUCCCAUUAGAAUCAACCAAUUCUUCAUCUAGUUGUUCUCAGCAACAACAACUAGAUGAAGAUUGCAAUGGCCAGGAAGAAAAUCUCCUCAGGAACUCAAAUAAUAAAGAUGCUGCUUCUAGUCUCAAAACAAGCAAAUCCAAAUUGUUCUUAAGGGGACUAGACCGCAGGAGCUGCUCUACAGACACUAGCUGGUCUCUUGAACCAAACCCCUUCUCAGUUCGUCAAAGAAUCCAGUCCUUUGAGAAUCUAGGCAGCUUUGAUCGAUCUGUUGUAAAGUGUAUAGACAUACCGUUUUAUGCUAAUAACUCAAAGCCACCUCUGAACCGGAGGUUAUCUGGGUGUGCUGGAUCUGUUAGCAAUCAGUCCGGUGACAACCGUUCUUUGAGGAGGAGUUUCAGCUCAUGUGUAGACAAUUUGAGCUCAACCCCAUUUCCACCAUAUCCACAGAAUUCGUCUUCCACUUCAGUUGUCCCCAUCUCUGAAUCAACUCCUCCAAACCGAACCACAGAGGCUGUUAUGAAGGAGAAGGUGAGAAACGAGGCCUCUCAGAACCAGCCCGCUGUACACACACCACCAGUACUACGCUCCCGCAAUGCCCGCAGCCAUGGAGGCCUGUCACGCUCCAAACUGAGAGAGAUACGGGCACUGAGCAUGCCUGAACUGGACAAGCUGUGUACUGAGGAUUUCACCAGUGACCCUGGAAAUGUGAUCUUUAAGACGGAGCUGGAAAUCCACCCUCGCAGAUCCAUAGACCCAACAUCACACAACCUGCAGUGCACCGUGGUGAGCAGUGUUGACACUGGGGUUCUUGGUUCAACCAGCAGUGAGGACCAACAUGAAGGCCAGAUCACAGGGCUCUCAUGCUGGUCUAUAAGUUUGAAAGACCUUGAAUCUUCUCCUUUGGACCAAAAUAAAGUGCAAGAUGUUCUGUGUUCCCUCACGACCAAAGUGGAUGUGACAAGUCUCAUACAGGAAACAAACACUCUUUCAGAGGUUAAAGAUGGCAUUUCCUUUGUGAUCUUAACCAAAGAGCAAGGAUCUGGACUGGGUUUCAGCAUCGCCGGAGGAGUAGAUCUGGAGCAGAAAUUUAUGACUGUCCAUCGGGUGUUCACUCGAGGGGUGGCAGGCGUGGAAGGCUCCUCCAUUCACAGAGGAGACAGAAUUUUCUCAAUAAACGGGACCAGCAUGAGUGGGAUCACACACGGAGAGGCGCUGUCCUGCCUUCAUCAGACCAGACUGCCGAAACAGGCAUUAGUGAUCAUCCAGAAGGGCAAGAACACUGAGCCAACAUCACCUAAACAAGAACUUCCCCUUCAUACUGGAAUCUGUCCUACUCUAGGCCAUAGAGACAGCAUCAGAGAACAUAAAACAAGUGUGGAAGUGGGACCAGACGGGGCUUUGAGUGUGGAGUUACAGAAGACUACGGCUGGUUUAGGGUUCAGUCUAGACGGAGGCAAAGCAUCUGCCCGUGGAGAUCGACCUCUCUACAUCAAACGCAUCUUCUGUGGAGGAGCCGCUGAACAGUCCCGGGUUAUUGAUGUCGGAGAUGAACUUCUAGCCAUCAACGGCUGGUCUUUGCAGGGCCUUAUGCACUACGAUGCCUGGAACAUCAUUAAAACUGUCUCUGAGGGUGCCGUCCAGUUAGUCAUCAGAAAACCCAGGACUUCAGUAUGACGUCUGAUCUGUGGUGGACUCUCAUUGCACAUAGACUUUGUAUUUCUUUUUGUAAGUUUGUUACAGGAUCUCUAUGAUGAAGAAUUUGUUGCACAUUGAUUUUUAUACAAACCAAGGCUUCUGCAGAUUUGUGGUAGACUCACAUAUGCGGGCUUAAGGUAUUUUUAGGAUGUCUUUGAACUUUGUAUCUCAAAAACUUUGUGCUUUAUGACUUUUUGAAGACAUUUAAGCCUAAUUGUAAGAAUUCUAAAUGAUAUGUUAAUAAAUGCAUCCCUUGUAUAAUAUAAUUUAAUUCCAAUAUUGUGAAAAUUGGUUUGUAUGUAUAGCUAUGAUUAUAUGGUGAUAAUGCAGACCACUAAAGACUGUGUUCACUUUGCCUAAUCUAAUGGAUUACAGUAGACCAACGUAGAUAUCAAACUCUGUGUGAAUUAUAAAAUGAGUGUUUGUUUUGAACUGGUUUAUGACUAAAAUGGAUUUGUGGAAUUUUGUGGAUUUUUUUUCUCUGUUAUCAUAGUAAUUUACCGGUAUUUUAUUGUUCCUUUUAAUGAUUGCAAUUUUUAGGGGGUUUCGGUAUUGACUUAUUUUAUCUUAAAGGUAAAGUGUGUCAUUUCAGUGCCACUAGCAAACAGAUUUGCAGAAAUUUCCCAAACACUCCUAUCACCCCCAUCUGUCAGGCCAUUUUACAGAAAAACAGGAAGCUGUACCCCAGAGUCAUGCUAUUGGUUGAAGCACAAGAUGACAGCCACAGUGUUUACACUUGCUUCACCUUUAAAUACUUGAAUUCAAUCAGGUUAUUAACAUUUAAAAUACAAUCAUAGAAUGAAAAAGCAUUGUCACCUUAGCACACUUUAAUUAGACUGCAGUAUAGACUUUUAAAAUUAUGACAUUUCAGGUCUUUUGGUUAUGUUUGAUCCUUUUCUUUCAGCUGUGAAUAUUGUCAUGUUUACCUUCUGAGACUUUCAAUAGAGUUGUCUCCCUGAUAAAAUGUAUCAGUGUUGUUGUUUUGUUUUAUUUUACUUGAAUUGUCUUUGUGUAAAAUAUUGAGGCUCCCACUGAUUUUAUUGUAAUUUAAUUUCGCUGAAUAUUAAGCACAAGUGUAUUAACUAGUGUAUAUGAAAAAAAAACAAUCAUGAAUAUUUCAUUUGUCUAUCUGACUUUCUGUU